AUGGUGACCUCUAAGCGAUCGCGACCUCGCCGAUCCCAUGUCCUCGGAGGCUGCAGCACUUGCAGACGUCGGCACGUCAAAUGUGACCAGAAACGGCCCGUUUGCCGAACAUGCCGAGCACUCGGUGUGCCGUGCGAGGGAUAUUCCAACCAAGUCCAGUGGAUGCGCUCCGAUAGCCAUGAAGAGAACGAUGACACUCGACGUGGCACCCGCAGACAUCUGUAUACAGAGCAAUCUAGACUCUCUAUGAGUGCGGCUCUAGGGUCAGACUUGGUUUCAGGUUCAAUUGACGCAUCCCUAGCAGAGGUUGACUUGAGACUCCGAGACCCGGACCGGGCUGCGGACGGUGAUAUCGUCAUCGGACCCUUUGCAGUUCUUGACUUUUCUUCCUCAGCAAACAAGUCGGAGCUGGAAGUGGGAGAGUUGGAGCCUGAGGUUGAGCUUUAUGACCCCAACCUAGCUACGACGGUCGAUGCUGCGGAUACUGUGGUCCCCGAGGACGUGCAAAACCCCAGUCCCUCUUCAAUACUGGAUUCCCUGUCUCACAUUGACGACUUCCUCCACUGGUCUGACUUGUUGAGCUUCAGCCCCGAUCAAAAUGAGUUCACAUCAAAUAGCAGUUUGGCUAUACCCAACGACUUAUCCUUUGACAUGAGCCACGAAAUGGGAUUACUUCCAAUUGACUCAAGCCACAAUGACGAUAUCUCAAACAUACUCACGCCGCAGCAGACAAUUUCAGACCUUGGCCAGACGGAGAUUGACCCGCUGAAGGAUGCACCAUGUCUUUUGAAGCAUUUCCAAGACAUCGUCAUCCCACAUAUCAUGGCCAUCCCAUGUCGACAAAAAUCACCCUGGAAGAUCCUCAACGUACCAGCAGCGGUAGUUACUUACAGUGACACCACGUUUCUUGGUACCGAGAAAAUAAGUCACGCCAGGAUGGCCAAUCUGUAUGGCUUGCUAGCCUGCUCUGCCAUUCACCUUGUUCUCAACCCUUCAACAAGCUCAUCCCAACCUCCCGAAUAUUGGUGGCAAGUUGCCAGCCACGCAUACCUGCAAGCAAAGGACCACAUGCAGGUAUCUCUGAACACAGAAACGCAGGGCCUGAAAAAGGCAAAAUAUAAGGACCAAUUGAUGGCAGCAUGUAUCCUUAUUCAGUACACAAUCAUGUCAGGUCAGCAACAGCACGCUCGAUAUUUCAUGAUUGACGCAGAGCGAUUAUUACGGCUGCGAGGUCUCUCAAAAACAAAAAUAUCCAAGAAAGCACGUCUAUUACACCACGUUUAUACUUGGCUCCGGAUAGUCGGAGAGAGCACUUUCGUACUCCACGACUAUCAUAUCUCAUCCUCCUCCCUCGAAGCUCUCGGCUCUCGUGUUCGACCUCGCGCGCUGCCGAAACAGAUUGAGCCAGAGAUUUCCGAGCCAAACCCUCGCCUUGAUGACUUCCUUCGUCUCGAGCCACAAAACUCGGAUAGUGAUCUGAACAUUGACGAACCCAAAGACAACGCUGCUGCACUUCACGAUAUACACCUCCAAGACUCACGAAGCUAUUCAGAAACACUGUAUAAGCAAAUUUAUGGCAUUCCAGAAACAUGGCUCAGCCUUAUGUCACAGACAACAAGACUGGCCAAUGUUCUGGAGACGUUCUGCGUCGCCAGAGAGGCAGGAAAGAAUGUCAAUCUGAGAGCAUGGGAAACUCUCCAGCGACGCAGUAUGCGUUUGGAAAACAUGAUCUGCUCCUUCAGUUUGGGUCGCACAAGAGCCGGUGUUCUGGAGCUUCAUGCAGACUCCAAGUCUCACGGCUACAUGGUCGAGGCAUUGAAUGCUGCCUUGGUGAUUUUCUUCUACAAGCGAAUUAGAAACACCCACCCAGCUGCUCUACAAGGCCAUGUUGACAGCGUCAUCGAAGCCCUCAAAGCAUGCAGUACCACAAGAACGGAGCAUGAUCCCACCGGACCUGGAACCGCAUGGCCCUUGUUUAUCGCUGGAUGCGAAGCAAUUUCUAGUGCUCGACGUCAGUCAAUAACGAGUUUACUAGACAGGGCGAGUGCUGCCUGUGGGUUUGCUGCAUUUGCGACUGCGAGGAAUAUCAUUACUGAAGUCUGGAAAAGGCAAGACGAGCAUAUGACCGCCAAUCGGGGCGAAUCGAUGCCGUCGUGGGUGGACACUGUGCAACAAGGGCAAACUUGGCCAUUAUUCUGUUGA